GAAGUAGGUUUCCAUCAAAGUUUUGUGUUGCAGGAUUGGGUCUUUAGGGCCCAACAUGAACGGGGUGAUUUUGUUUGCUGUGUUUUGUUGGCUGGCGUCUGCAGUGUCUUGUGUUCCGCUUGCAGCUGCAGAUGCCACUCAAUCUGAGCCGAGAGGGGACGUCCCAAUGGGAGAGCAUGAGGGCCAAAGGCCUGAGCCGGACAUCCAUCUGCAGGUUAUGCCUGACGUGCAUAUGCCUCAGCCGCAGUCUACAACUCCCCCUAAACCAGCAGCACCCACCCCUGGGCUACACACAGGCUCAGCAACACAGGCUCUUCUUCCCACAGUCCAGUUUCCACAAGCUGGACCUCAGUCCCCCAUAAUUCCACAGUACAGGCUUCCACAUGGCUUCCUGCUCGGUCAGCCUGAGGGCUUCAUGGUCUACAUCCCACAGUACACCCCGUACGGAGUCGUGCUGGUCCCGGCUGUGUUCCCACAGUUCCCACAGCAUGGGGCUGCUGUGUCCCAAGGCUCCCAGUUGCCCCAGCCAGGAGAUCCAAGCCUAACACAGCAACAACAACAUCAACAUCAACAGCAGCAGCAGCAGACUAAACAGGUUGGAGCAUCGGGUGGGGUCAGCUCUGAAGAACUCGAACAGACGAGAAUGCAGCAGGGGAACACAAGGGUUCAGGCUUCAGUCGCCAUCCCCAGUGCGGAGCCUCUCCAUCCAGUCAUGUCUGUCAACCCAAUGAUGCCCCUUGGGCCUUUGUUGCCCUUUGGCCCACUGCCAGCAGAGAUGCCUGGCAUAGUAGUGAAUGAUCCCUCUUUGGUGACAGCGGGUGUGCCUGUGCCAGUGGCCAUUCCUGCCCAUGAGGUUACGCUGGCAGGCCUUGAGAAGCACCUACACCCCACUGACACAGCAAGUGUGCAAGCACCAAACGCCAGCCAUCAGCCCAAUGAAGCACCAACCUCGGCAGACACACAGCUCACAACACAGACCCCAACGACUGAACCACCAUGGAGACAGGAUGUCAUGGGAACAGGCCUACCUGUUUUGGCAGUGAAAUAAUUUUUGAGUUAAAUGAUAACAUUUUUAAAUGAUAAAAUGUUUAAUUUGUUUGUAAGAAAACUGUUUUAAUUAUUGAUUUAUCUAAAGCUGGAUGUGAGCUGGUCGUUACAUUCCACAAGACAUUAUAAGAUAUUACAAGAUGCACAUUAUGUGGAUACAGUAUACAUUUAUUGUGUACUGAUAAAUCACUGACCUAAUUUAAUCCUGAAUGCACAUCAUCAAGCACAAUAAUGGUCAAUGAUAUACAGUUUUUAAUAUGCUCUGUUUAGUAAAUGUAUGCAUGUA